AUGACGACGAAAAGAAAGAGAGCCGGCAAAGCCAUCGACGACGGUACGGCGCCGACGGAGGAUGUGGCGGUCAAUGAUAGGUUGCCACCUCGUCUCUUUGCCACCGACCGCUACCCUAGCAACAGGAAAAACUGCUAUUCGUCGCUGGAGUUCCUGCUUCUGGUGAGGGAUGUGCUUGAAGGUUCAGCGGAGAUGGAGAGGUUGUUGUGUUCAUGCUUCUGUCCACUGUUUAGGUUACCUGUGCGGAGGUGCGCGUUUUCAGCGAAAUUGGUACAUGGAAUGCUUUCGAGGCAGUUGGUAACCAAGAAACGGUUCGAGAUGUGGCAUGUUUUCGGUGGGGGUCCGACAAGGUUCUCGCUUGCAGAAUUUGGCCAUGUCACAGGCUUACCUUGUGGGGAGUUCGAGCAGGGGUAUGAGGUAGAUGAUAAAACGAAGCCGAAUAAAACAGACUAUGUUUUCUGGGACAAGUUGUUUGGGGGGAGGCGUAACUUGAAUUUAGAAGAUCUUGCAGCGAUGGUUGUGGGUGAAAAAACUCUGUCUCCGGGGAAGAAGCUAAGAAUAUGUUUGAUCAUCAUUGUUGACGGGGUGCUCAUGCCGAAAACGCAGAAGCCAAAGCCGACGUUGAAGUAUGUUAAACUGGUGGAGAAGCUAAACAAAUUCUUCUCUUUUCCGUGGGGGCGUGAGUCAUUUUGGUGGACAAUUAGCACAAUGAUAUUGCCUAAGAAUCUUUGGGCGUCUGAAGCCAUUCCAGUUCUGCUUGACCGGCUAGGAGGCGAUGACGGUGCUACGCUCUUGAGCUAUGUUGGGGACAAGCUUCCCACACAUACGGGGCUGGUGUUAACUGAUGUGCUUUAUGCGGAGUAUAGUCCUAAGUUGACAGUUCUACCUAUGAUGGAGGUUGAUGAGGAUAGAGAUGAUGGGUGGAGUGUGUUCGACUGUGAGAUAUUUGUUAGGAAAGUUGCGUACAUUGUGGACCUUUUGAAAUCGGGGCACAAGUUCCAGAAGGGGGAGUGGGGGUGGCGGUGA